UUCUAAUACUUGAUACCCAGUAAAUGUAUUGCGGCACGCAACGUGGUUUAAUCUGCGAAUCAUCUUCUUUCUAACGGUGAGAAUCCAAGAAAAAGAGCAUCCACCAAGGAAAGGCUUCGAGAUUCAGCGACACAGAUAGCAUCAUUCGUCUUCUCUGUUUCUCCUUAAACAUGGAUAUGGUUGAUCAUAAAGAGGGUGGCAAUACCCUUGAUCAAAUGGAUAUUGAAGAUAUUGGCCGGCCUGAACAACAUAAAUCAACAUGGUGCGAGAAAAAACAGGCUGCAGUUGAUGAAGAAAUGAAGAAGAUGAGCCAACUGCCUGCAAACAGUACCUAUGUUGUUCAUCGUCGGAGGGUUCUUAAUAAAAUUCUGCAACUUAUGACGAUGCAGAGAACAGUAACACAAGAGGAGGAGCUGGAGCUACUUUUUGCUGGGCUGUCUUUGUGAAAAAUUUUCAACUAAUCAUGGUUAGAUUUUGUAGAAUCAGUUUCAUUAUCUUCAAUGUGAGCUUGAUGAAGCCUUCAAGCAUUUUAAUUUAGCUUGAUAUAUUGUGCCCAAAUAAUUUAUAUUUAUAUCUUAGGCCUUUUUUGAAGCAACUAACCCUGUUUGCUUUGCUUUUCUUGCUUUUUCUUUUGUCUCUCGAUAAAUAAUCACAUUGGAAGACCAAGACAUGAAGGAAAGGCUUGUUUAUAAGUUUGUAUAGUAAUAUAUAAGCAGUUUGGCAAUGGCAUGUAAUGCAUGACCAGUGAGCAUUUAGCUCUUUUUAGUUAAGCUUUGGCUCGAUAUUAAUAUAUAUCACGUUGCUUCUUGCAAUCA